GGAUCAGCGGCCAGUAUUUCCUGUCACGGAAGUAUAUAACACUAGUGCUCUCGUCGAACAUCCACCGCAAGGUUGGGGCAAACGUAGUGUAACGAAACAUCAUCAACAUCACGUGACCGUACCUCAGCAAAGUCAACACAGGCAUGAACAUAAAAAGGAAACUCAACAGUUGAGUCCAGUGAAAAAGAGAGUGAAGGAGAGUACACCACCAAGUAGUAUGAGACGACAUUCACCUUCGAGUGGACAUUGGCAACAACAACCAAUUCAAUCUCAUCAUCACAGCAGCAAGCACAGUAGUAGUCACAAUGUAGAACAUCAACAAGUUGCAUCCGUCCGGCAACAAACUAUCACGAUAUAUGAUACACCAUCUCCGGCUGUUUCUGUUAUUACUAUUAGCGACAGCGAAGAUGAGUCACCUGGGAAAUGCUGUGGCGAUCGUCAAUGCGGAGCCUGUCAAAGUUUGGCAACUCGCCUGUCUGGCGACGGACGUCCUGUCCGUGAGGAGGUCAUUCGAAGUACACAAUCUACACCGAGAGUUGUACCAACGAUGCAGCAAGCUCACUCAAGUACGCAAGCUCACACAAGUUCUCAUACGACAUCACAAAGCUCGUCACAAAGAGCUCAAAGGAAGAAUGUUAUUAGCUGUGUUACGGUUGGUGAUAGCGAUGGCGAAGUUAGUCCAGGCAGAGCUCAUGCACAUUUGUAUCAACAAGUACCACAACAUCCGCAACAUCAACAAACCACCACUCAACAUAUUAAACAUGAGCCUCAACAACAACAUCAUGUUAGCAGCAGUAGUUCUGGCUAUUCCUCUCAAUCACAAAAGAAGAGAUUAUUGGCUAAGGUACAAUCCGAGUGCAAUAUGGUGAACGUUACAACUAAAUCUGAACCUGGCGUUGAGUAUGUCGCUCCACAUCCAUGUCACGCGCCAGCAUGCAAAGAGCCACCAACCUAUCAGGAUGACGCCUAUGACAUGCAUGACUACUUCUUGCAGUAUGUGACAACAAGUAGCGCUCAUCCUCAUCUACAAGAGCAACACAUCGUUUACACAACUGGUACCGACAAGCGAGUCUCUUGGCCUGGAAAACGAGCAGAGUAUAAACACGAAUACGUACAACCACCAGCAGCUCAUUCGAGAGAUCAUCAAAAGUGGGCAGUAGCAAAUCCUGUUCAUCAAUAUAGGCAGAGCCAGGUGGUAGGCUCGGCAGCCCAUCCGGGUCAUACCCACAGCCACCAUGGGCAUCCAGUCCAUCUGAGUCCUGGGGGUGGUGGUGGAGGCAGAAGCCCCACAGGCGGACCUGUGAUAGGGGGUGCCCAGCAUCUGGGACAACCUCUCUACCAGGAGUACGCUCAUGUGCGUUCAAGAGCACAUGCUGUGCCACCCCCUGUAUAUGUUACUGCUGCGCCUUCUCAGGCUCCUACUGCUAUCCAGCAGCAACAAGUGCCCACCUUUCAGGGAUUCACACCCGGGUGGGUACCUAGACACCUAGUUGAUGCAUGCAUCUCGUCUCCAUUAACGUUGUAUGAUUCUAGUCGUGCGUUGCCACCACCAGCUCAUCACAGCUCAGCCAGACCAUUACUGGCAAGCCAUGCAGCGCAUCCUCUACCAGCACAUAUGCAACCUACUGCUGUUUAUGGAUUGGCACCACUUUCACCAGCUAAACACCAGUAUCAACCGUCUGGUUUGUGGUUUACGGAGUAAAUUAUAUAUUCCUAUAACGAAGAGUUUUAAAGUGCAUUCUCUAACUGUUAGUUUAAACUCUUCUUACCACCAUUACCACCAUCACCACCCCCUCUCUUUUAUUUCUUUUUCUGUUUCCUGGGAAACUUACGAUCUCUCUUUUCCUCUCGUUUAUCGAUGUACAACACAAUGAGAAAUUCCUUAUGAAAUGAAAAAGGACGUAUUGCUUAUAUCAUAUAUAUGUACAUAUAUAUAUAUAUAUACACACAUAUAUAUAUAUAUAAAUAUAUUAUAUUGAUGUAAGAUAUUUAUCAAAAGACUCAAAUUUCGUCUGUCUAUAUUUCUCUCUCUUUCUCUCCCUCUCUCUCUCUCUCUUUUUCUCUCUCUCACUUUCUCUGGAAAGAAUUCUACUUUAAUGACUGUUAUUUGUAUUAACGGAAGAGAACAAUCAAGUUAUAUUAAUGUAUCUUUGAAAGGAGACUUUGAGAAAAAAAAAAAAUUGCUAAGUUAGCUUCUUAGAAGAGACGAUCUUUUGAAAUAUUGAAAAUUAUCAAUCCGUCCUUGAUCAGCAGUAUCGUCUCUGUUCUUUAAUUGUACAGAUGGCAAAAAAGAAAAAAAAAAAAAAAAAAGAAACAAACAAACAAAAAAGAACAAUUGAGUUCGUUGACAGUGACGAUGCAGCAUAUAACAAUAGUUUCAUAGAAAAUAGAUCUCUUGCUACUUUUUAUUUAUUAUUCUUUAUUAAUUUUUAACCAUAGAAGAA